AAAACCCUCUUCUCUUUUCAGAAACUUUUUUGCUAAAAGGACAAAGGAACUCAAACCUGCUGUCCAAAGUGCUCCUGGUUGGAAGUUGUUUGGAAAAGUCCCACCCAGGGAAAACCUUCCGAAAGAUUCCAAAAUUAUUCAGCAGGAAUAUGAAGCACGGACAGGAAGAAUAUAUAAACCUCCACCCUCAUCAGCAAGACGUAAAAAUAUUGAAUUUGAACCACUUUCAACUACUGCUUUGAUUCUGGAGGAUCGACCAGCAAAUCUUCCUGCCAAAUCAGUGGAGGAGGCUUUACGUCACCGACAGGAAUAUGAUGAGAUGGUGGCAGAGGCAAAAAAACGAGAAAUUAAAGAAGCACAUAAAAGGAAAAAAAUAAUGAGAGAGCGUUUCAAGCAAGAAGAGAAUAUUGCUAGUGCUAUGGUGAUUUGGGUCAAUGAAAUACUACCUAACUGGGAAGGCAUGCGUGCUACCCGAAGAGUUCGAGAGCUGUGGUGGCAGGGAUUACCCCCAAGUGUACGUGGGAAGGUUUGGAGCCUAGCUGUGGGAAACGAAUUAAAUAUCACUCCUGAACUUUAUGAAAUCUUCUUGUCGAGAGCUAAAGAACGAUGGAAAAGCUUCAGUGAGACAAGUUCUGAGAAUGAUAUAGAAGAUGCAGCUGCAUCUGUUGCUGAUCGUGAGGCCAGCCUGGAGCUAAUUAAGUUGGAUAUAUCACGCACAUUUCCAUCCCUGUAUAUAUUCCAGAAGGGUGGCCCUUAUCACGAUCUCCUGCAUAGUGUUUUAGGAGCAUAUACAUGUUACAGACCGGAUGUGGGAUAUGUACAAGGGAUGUCCUUCAUUGCUGCUGUGCUCAUUCUCAAUCUGGAAGAGGCAGAUGCUUUCAUUGCCUUUGCUAACCUUCUAAACAAGCCAUGCCAGCUGGCCUUUUUCCGUGUGGACCACAGCAUGAUGCUGAAAUACUUUGCAGCCUUUGAAGUAUUCUUUGAAGAAAAUCUUCCCAAAUUGUUUCUUCAUUUCAAAUCAUACAGUCUUACUCCAGACAUAUAUUUGAUAGACUGGAUUUUUACACUCUACAGCAAGUCAUUACCACUUGAUCUGGCCUGUCGUGUCUGGGACGUUUUCUGUAGAGAUGGAGAAGAAUUUUUGUUUAGGACAGGGUUAGGAAUCCUUCGGUUGUAUGAAGAUAUUCUCUUACAGAUGGACUUUAUUCAUAUAGCACAGUUUCUAACAAAACUUCCAGAAGACAUUACAUCAGAAAAGCUUUUUAGUUGUAUUGCAGCUAUUCAGAUGCAGAAUAGUAACAAAAAAUGGGCACAGGUGUUUGCCUCACUGAUGAAGGACAACAAAGAAGGGGACAAGAACCAUAGCCCAGCGCUGAAAAGCUAAUUGUUGUAAUGUUGAGGUCAACUGAAAAUGUGGAGAACCACUUGAUGACAAAGGAGUUUUCACAUCACUUCUAUGUGGAAAAGCACUGUAGAAAAUGUGAAAAUGAAAUGGAAAACCAACACAGCUCUCAGUGGAGUAAUGAACUGAUGAAAUCUUCACCCUUUUGCCAGUAUUAGCUUUUGUCAUGGGAAGAUUUAUUUUCACACAGAAUACUAAAACCUAUGAAACUGAGAGGUGGAGGAGUUCAUAUUUAAUACUUUAAAAGAAUUAGCUCAAUGCAAUAAACAUUUGUAAUAACUUCUGUUGGUACUUUAAAAAAAUUUUGAGGCAUAACUUUUUUUACAAAUACCACAAAGGCACUUUUUUGGGGGGAUGAGGGAAAUGCUAAAUCUUAAGGCCCCAAAACUGCUAUCCAAACCAAAUGCUUUGGUACAAAUAUUACCUCCAAAAUUAACCAUUUGAAAGUAAUGAGGACCAAAUAAGGUUGUUUGGUAUGUUUUUUGUGCAAGAUGGUUAAAACUUGGGAAGGGAUAUUGUCUUAUUUACUUGUUUGUUUGUUUUUUUUUUUUUUAAGUUGCAGCUUCAUUCUUCAGUCUGGGCGAAUGUAAUUAACUCAGGAACUGUGGAAGUAUUGUGCCCAAACCUGUUAACAACAAAAAUCAUCUGAAUUUUGAAAGUGGUAAGAUCAGGGCUGCUCUUUUCAGAGUGUACAGCUUUCAAAUCAAAGUGGUGUUAAGCAUUUGUUUUGGUGUAUUGGUUGUGCAGCUUAUUAAAAAUGGAGUGGGUAUUCUGUGAAAGGGUUUUGCCACCAGAAGUUUUAUUUUGUCGAGCCAUUUCCAACUAAGAAAUACUUGUAUGUCACGGUGAACACUAGAAACUGACAAAGCUAUC